AUGGAACGCAGUCUGGAGGAGCUAUUUGCCGAGCUGGAGCAGCAGACGGGCGGCGCGGCUGCCGCGGGGCCGGCGGAGCCGGCGGAGCCGGCCCAGCCGGCCGCAGACGUGCUGGACCUGCGAGACCCGGCCGAGCAGCACGCCCAGCAGGCGUUCGAGCAGAUCGACCGGCGGCUGCGGGCGCUGCCGAAGCUGCAGAACAGCUUCGACGCGCUCGCCGCGCAGCAGCGGCCGCUGCGGUCGCCACAGCAGCCGGCGGCGGGCGCCAGCGCCGCCGACGACUGGUUCCUGCUGCCCAAGCCCGACAGGGCGACCCGCGACCGCGCCCAGCGCGACCUGCUGCUGCUCAGGCACCGUGCCGCACUCGACCCGAAGAGACACUACAAGAAGGACCGCUGGCAGGUGCCCGAGCGGUUCGCCAUCGGCACCGUCGUCGAGGACAGCUCCGAGUUCUACAGCAGCAGACUCACCAACAGACAGCGCAAGGCCACCAUGCUCGAGACCCUCAUGGCCGACGAAGACACCACCCGCUACUUCAAGCGCAAGUACACGCAGAUCCAGCUCGCCAGCACCAGCGGCCGCAAGGCCCACUAUCGCGCAAGCAAGGCCCGGCGUCGCCACAGGAGCUGA